AACAAUCUGCAUUUUUUUCUACUUUUCUAUUAUAAAAUAAAAUACAGUGUAAUUAAUUACAAAUAUUUGCUAGUUACAAAGCAUUUUAGUAAUUCUCUCUGUCAUUAUUUAUAAAAUAAAUAAAAUAAAAUAAAAUAUUUCUGCUAUAAACAUUUCUGCUCGUCUGUCUUUAAGAUAAAGCACGAGGCCUUUUAUUUCAGACCACGCGUUUACGGCAAAGCCACGCCUCCUGUGCGACGAUUGGUCGGUAACAGUUGCUCACAGGCAGUUCGCCGUUUAACAACCAAUCACAGAGCCGUAGACGUCAUGGUAUAAGCCAAUCCCAGCGCUAGGAGGCGGGGCUUACUGGAACACAGGUGGGGCGGGGCCGGUGGACGGAAAUCAGUCUCAGUUCAUUUAUUGAAGAAUUUUAUUUAAUCAUUAAAAGUUAUAAAUACCAUCAAAUAGUAAUUUAGAACUUAAAAAACAAUAAAUACUAGAAUUAAUAUAUGCAUAAAUCUAUUGAAAUGUAUGUAUUCACUUCCAAAUAUAUAUUUCUUGUGUAUUAUAUGAUUAUAUGUAGUUUUAUUUGGAAGAAACUGUGUUGAGGUGUAAGUAAUUUUUCAGUAAGCAAACAAUGUAAAAUUAAACAAUAAAAAGACAUGUAGACAGGUAUUUCUUGCUUCUUAUAAUAUGGAUUAUAACAUUUCUCAAAUAUUCACUAUUCACAGUAUACAUGUAACUUCAACUCUUCACUACUUUACUUUAACUGAUUCUCUCAAACUAACAUUAAGAGACAAGAAAUUCAAGUAAUUAACUCUUGAUGGGUUCAGCACAGCUGUUAACUGAAAGCCUGAAUUCCAGGUGACUCUACCUCAUAAGCUGACUGAGAAAACUUUUGUUGUUUAUUGUGACAGGUCCUGAUAAGGGACAGCAGUCAUUAAGUUUCAGUUUACUCUCAGUCUCAGUGAACGCAUUACAGGUGAACACACCUAAGUGUCCGAGGUAAGCGAAAAGUCUGUUUACUGUUGCUAGGCAACAAUUGGCCUCAUCUUACAGGUGCACCACCACAGAUCUGGGAAUGAAUAUAGUCCUAUAGGCCACUGGGACGUCCGGGAACCGGCACAUUCCUGACUCCAGCAUUUAGCAUCGGGACAGAAGAGAACGGACAGGUCAGGGGGACAUUAUUAUUAUAGGUCUACAGAUGGCCCUGGCGAGUGGACACUGGGUGGAGAAGGAGACUGAAGGAUUGCCCCCCAGCCCGAGGUGAGAAACUAUCCGUAACAAAAUCCUGUAAAGAGGACACUCCUGUCACCCAUCAGCAUGACUUCACAUCCACCUUUAAAGUACAGCAUCUCACUGCAGCCAUAUUCACAGCCGCUGUUUUUUUAUAGGUCCGGUCAUGCAGUUGCAGUGGCUGGAAAUAUUGCCUUCUUACAUGGAGGAGUGUCUACCAUGAACUCUGAGGAAGCUGGGCCUUUAUAUUUAAAUGAUUUUUACAUGAUUACAGUCUCUCCUGCUCGGGUAAGCUGGGAGAGUAUGCCUCAGAACGGAGUCGUACCUGCAGCUCGAGAAGGACACACACUGUGCGUUAUCAAAGGGAAGCUCUAUUUACUGGGAGGAUCUGCUCAUCCUGAUGCUACAGAGUGUCUCCCAGGGGUGCACUGCUUUGACAUCGUAACUCUAAGAUGGGAGAAGUUGGCGACUGGAGGAGUUCCUCUGAAGACUCUGAGACACAGCUCUGCAGCUUUAGGAGAUAAUAUCUAUGUUUACGGAGGAAUUCUGUAUGGAGUUCCUACAGACGACCUCAUGAUGUUUAACACAGUAUCAAUGAUUUGGACACCAAUCAAAACAACUGGGACUUCACCAUCUGCAAGGUAUAACCACAUGUGCGCUGUAGUGAAUGAGCAGAUCUUUGUGUUUGGUGGAUGUGGAGAGGACGGGUCCUACCACAAAGAUAUUCACAUCCUAAAUACAGAGACCCUGGUGUGGCAGAAGAAUGAGGUUAAGGGAGAUUCACCAAUAUCGUGCACUGGACAGACCUUUACAGCUCACCACGACAAGGAUAUCUACCUGUUUGGGGGAACAGUUACUGGCCCUGAUGGAACCGUCUCUGCAACCAAUGAAAUCCACAAGUUAAGCAUCGCAAAGAUGAAGUGGAAGGUACCACUUUAUGUGGGGAUUCCUCCGACGGGACGCUUCAGUCAUGCAGCAUUUAUCCUGCAUAGUCAUAUAUACAUAUUUGGUGGCAAAAAUGAAGAACAGGAAUUCGGUGACUUAAAGAUAAUGAAAUUAAUAAACCCAUCAGAGAGACAGCCAGUUAUGAAGGAGAUUCUGUCUGAGUUUGGGCUUCAGGGGGUCAGCAACAGCUUUGUACCGACGAAGGUUCCCAAUGUGAAGUACGAGCUGAGCGAGACUCCGCCCCUAACGAAGAUCGAGAGAUCAGAGUCAGCGCAGCCCACAGGCCAUCGAGAUUUCACCGCAGUUCGCGAUGAGGCAAUGAGCAUGAUCCAGCGAGCUUUCAACAUUUUAGACGAGGAGUUCCGCAAACUGGACAGAGAAAAGUCUGAGCUUUCACAAGCUGCAGAAGAGCUGCAGUGCGAGAGACAGGCUCACGAUGAGCAUCACCAGAAGCAGACACAGGAACUUCAGGAAAUGCUGGAGAGGCACAGGGUUCAGAACAAGGCCUGGCUGCGAGCUCGAGCUGAAGAGAACGACAGGGAGAGGAAGGAGCUGUGUAAACUCAGGGAGGAGGUGCUUCACGAGCAGGAGAAGCUGAAAGAAGAGCAGAUCAACAUCCAAAAACGCAGUGAGCAGCUCCUGUCCAUUAUGCAGCAGUUCAAAGGCAUGUGAAGACACUGUCUCCAUGACAACCGGACGGAGGAGAUGGGCCGAGUUUUGUUUUCUGCUGCACUUCUGUGCUGCCGUUGCUGUGUGUGUGUGUGUGUGUGUUACGAGCAUGUGUGCAUCCUCCGGACCCUCUGUGUUCUUCAAUUACUGUAGACACGCAUGUGUAUAGGGGGAGUAUCUGCAUUGUAGCACUGUGUUGUAUAUCUGUAUUGUACACACAGUGAGGAGGGGGGCACCUGUAACCCCAGGGUCUUACGUAACGGGACUAAGCGAGUCUGAUCGCGUACACAUGCUUUUGUUCGUACUGGUGAGAAAACUACAGGCCCGGCACUUCAGACACGAGGCCAGAAAGGACGAGAACGAGGCCUAUUUACAGACUGUGUGUGUUUACUUCCCUUUUAAAACUCAUCUACAUGCUGAGGGUCAAAUGUGUGAAGGAGAAUGUUAAUGAAUAUUCAUUCAUUAUCAAAAAAGUAAAGAAUAGUGGUACCCAGCAGGACGAGUGGGAUUACUUUCUUAUUACAAAUGACGAUAAAUGUAACUAGAAACAAUAAAUUAUCAAAAACUUAAGACUAUAUUUUUGGCUACAUUAUUAUUAUUAUUAUUAUUAUUAUUAUUAUUAUUAUUAUUGCAUAACAUCUAUGUCUUCAAGACAAGCAGCACUAUAUGGACAAGCAUUGUCCUGCUGAAAUGGAGCACCAGGGCUACAUGUUACAGGACCUUAUUAACAUAACAUAAUGCUGUCAAAGUUCAUGUAAUGAAGAGCAAAGGACAUCUGAUAUGUGAAGUGUGAUCUUGGGUGAAUAAAGGGUUGAAUGGUUUUGA